UAAAAAAAAAAUAUCUAACUCUGUUAUCUUCUUCUUCUUCCUCUUUUCUCUUACUCGUUUCUCAUCUUCUCUGAUUCUCCCAAAGUUCGAUACACACGAAAUCAAACCCUUUCUGAGAACUGAGAACCAUGGCGAGUUCCACUCUCCUCUUCUCUGUCUCUGCAGCAUCUCUAUCUCUCUCACAGAAGCCAUUUCACUCUUCCUUCAUGCUUUCCACCACCACAAACCCCUCUCUUCUUCUUCCAAAGAAGUUCACAAAACCCCACCACCACCACCACCACCACAUCAAGAGGCUCGUAGUAGCCAAAUCCAACGACAGCGACUCCGCCGACGCCCCAGACCGUUUGAUCUCCGCGCUCUGCUACUUCUACCCAUUCUUCGACAGCAUACAGUACGGAAAAUACGUAAUCACCCAAUUCUACCCGUUCCAAGUCCUCGUUCAACCACUGGUACCUGCAAUUCGAAUGUUUAAGAGCUUCCCCUUCAAUGGGUUUCUCGUGUUUUUGACACUCUACUUCUUCGUUGUGAGGAACCAGAAUUUCAGUAGGUAUGUGAGGUUCAACACGAUGCAAGCGAUUGUGCUGGAUGUGCUGUUGAUUUUCCCUGAUCUGUUGGAAAGAGGGUUUAACCCUAAGGAUGGGUUGGGAUUGGAUUUGAUGAUGAGUUUGGAUAGCACUGUUUUUUUGUUCCUGUUGGUGAGCUUGAUUUAUGGCUCUUCUUCUUGCUUGUUGGGUCAAAUUCCUAGGUUGCCCAUUGUUGCUGAUGCAGCUGAUAGGCAAGUUCUUUGAAAUGCUUAUAUGACAUUGCCACCACAACACCACAUUGAUAUUGUAUAGCAACUUCAUGUUCAACUUAGUGGAAAAGAUUGCCUAAUUUUUCACUUCCUUGAUAACAAUCAUUGAAAUUGUUCAAUUCAUGUUUGUAUUUUGUCUCUUAUUUUGAUGCUAUAUAUGACUUUAUAAAUCAGGAAUGAAGUUUUUAGUCUAA